AUGGGUAGCGGCGCCUCCGUCAACGAUGCGACCCGUUUGGCCGACAGUGACCCGGCCCGGGCAGAGAGUGCUGCACCUGCCGAAGAUGAAUUCACCAACCUCCGCCCCACAUCCCCGGCAGGAGCCAGCUCCGAAACACAGGAGGAACCUUUGCCUGAGAGCGAAGAGGUGCCACUGGCGUUUGAGAGUUUUCUCCACAACAACGGGACCCUGUACAGCUGCUUCAGCCAGCAUGGAAACAGAGUUUAUGUCGACGAGUCUCAGGACCUGCAGACUUUCCCAAACGACUGGUACAGUCAGGGACGAUUCAUUACCAACACCAACGAGGCGUCGUCCACUCAGCUUCAGGUUUCUGCUAGCAGUCAACAGGUGGUCAACCAGCCAGCAGUCAGAGAUGAUGACCGAGUUAGUAGCAUCUACAUCCAGGGGAGAGGAACUUUCAUGACAUACAUGUUUGAGGAGAGAGUGAACGUCUGCAGGUACUUUGACCCUCAGUCAGGCCUGUGGCUGCUGCUGCCUCUUCAGUGGGAGAUGAACAUCGAUUUUGUCAAACCAAGAGUCAAACACGUCAUGGCUUCCCUACCAGGCUUAGUGGACCAGAAGGAGAUCACUGCGGCCCUUAGACAGUCCAACUAUGAUCCUGAUGAGGUUAUCUCUGUUUACCUCAGCAUAUUUGGAGAUAUUCUGCUCCAGUCCUCCUCCACAGGAGACCAGAGCUACACGGACCUCAACUCCUUCAGGGCUCAUCUGGAAAAGGACCGGAUCAUAGAGGACCUGAGACAGAAGCUCCGAACUGAAGAGAAGGAGAUUGAGAACCAUCUCCAGAGGAACAGUUAUCUGGCUCGGGAGGCCCGCUACCUGUCCGACAUGGUCCAGCACCUUAACCAGAAGGUGGCAGAGCUGGAGGCAGACCAGCAGGAGGCCCAUGAGAAGAUCCGAGCCCUCUUGACCCGCCGGACGCCUACCGUUCCACCUGCCAAGUCUGUGCCAAAACCCACAGUGGACCUGGCCCAGCUCCGGCAGGUCAGCAAGCUGACACGUGGGCUCAACAUCUCCAACAAGCAGCUUCGGUCCACGGUGCGGCAGGUGCUGACUGACAUGCAAAAUCAACUGGAGCAGCUGAGGGAAGCUGUGGCAACAAUGACCCAAAUAGAGCAGGAGGCGGCUGGGGUCGUGGAAGAGCUACGCACUCUAUACAGAAAAGAGGCCCUGGAGAGGAAGAACCUCUACAACAAGCUGCUGGAGCUCCAGGGGAACAUCAGGGUGUUCUGUCGCUGCAGGGGGAACUCACCCCCUAGCACCUGUGUGGAGAUGACCUCAGAUAGGGAGGUGGUGGUGGUCCAGAAAGGAACCAGGAAGAAGUUUCAGUUUGAUAAGGUCUAUCCUCCCAGCACCUCACAGGAGGAAGUGUUUGAAGGAACCUUGCCUGUCAUAAGCUCCUGCGUGGAUGGGUACAAUGUCUGUAUUCUCGCUUAUGGGCAGACAGGCUCUGGAAAGACUUACACCAUGAUGGGCACCAAAGACAAGCCUGGGGUCAAUAUCAGGUCCGUGCGAGAACUUUUGCGCAUUUGUGCGGAAAAGGAGAAGGUAUCUUAUACUCUGAAGAUAUCCAUGCUAGAGAUCUAUAACGACAGCCUGAAUGACCUGCUGAGCAAAACCUCUGGGACUACACUGGAGAUCCGGGUCCAGGGGAAGUCAGUCUCGGUUCCAGGGCUGACCCAGAUACAGGUGCAGACAGAGGAGGACAUUUUAAACGUCAUGGAGACGGGUGAAAAGAACAGAAAGAUUGCAUCAACCAAAAUGAACAUAGAGAGUUCACGCUCUCAUCUGGUGUUGACGCUGGUUGUGGAGGGGACAGACAGUGUGUCUGGUGUGACAUCUCGGGGCACCUUAACCCUGUGUGACCUUGCUGGAUCUGAACGCAUCUCCAAGACAGAGGCCAAAGGUCAAAGGCUGGUCGAGGCUGCCGCCAUCAAUAAAUCCCUCACAGCUCUGGGGCAGGUCUUCAGCGCUCUGCGGAGCAAUGCACUCCACAUACCGUUCAGGAACUCUAAACUCACCCACCUCCUCCAGCCCUGCCUUAGCGGAGAUGCAAAGUGCUGUGUGUUUGUGAAUGUGAGUCCAGAUGUCAGGAACAUCGUGGAGACGCUCAGCACACUGCAGUUCGGCUCCACCAUCCAGCAGGUAGCGUUGGGCAAAGCCCCUCAGAACAUUGUACCAGCAAAGAACAUGAAGACCGACAGAACAUGAAGAUGAUUUCAGUACAGCAAAACCUCGUAGAGUCUGUGUGAUGGACUACGUAUCAAAAAAUGUGGGUCUUUCGAAUUUAAAUGACAACAGAAAAAAAGCAACUAGUUUCUUAAAUUGUGGUUUUGCAUACACACUGUAAAAUAAAUUGCACAAUGUCCAAUUUAAGCACAAAUGUUACAUUCAGUCCUCUUUAUUAUUUGUCUAGAGUAAUAACAUCCAGUGAAGGCUGCAGCCAGCUUCAGUUUCCUAAAAAGGCUUCUGUUGGUGCAGACGAGGGCAGCAAAAUUAAUCAAACUCUUUUCUGUGUCCCAGGACUAUGCUACCACCUGGCUGUCUCAGAUAAUUUCUUAUUUUACCAACAUCUCAGCAUGUCCAACACCUCCAUCAUAAUUUUCUGAACAUUUUAAAUCACUCAAAAUUGUAUUAUGUUAAAAAUAAUGUAUCUAAAAUGGAGUCUGCUGCUGCUGCUGCUGC